AUGAGGUACAGGAUCUUGAAGGCGAUGAUAACUAUAUUUCUAACUUCACCAGAUUGUGACGAUACAGACACAGUAUACCAAGUGGAGAACGAGAAUGAGAGAUUUAUUGGAUUAUCUUAUGGUGUUGCUAAACUUGGCUGGAUGAAUACUUUUAUCAAUGGAAAACAGUUUUUACCACCUUUAGCAGAUGAAAGGGACGAAGUCUACAGCGAAUGCUUGCAUCAACAAUAUCAUAGUUACUUUCUUAAAGUGCAUUACAACAAUGUUAACGUUAAACCUGAAAUUGGUCAUAAAAUUCAACGAAAUGAAGUAAACGGUAAAUUACAAAGCGUAUACACUCCGUUUCUGCAAUAUAGAUGUGAAUUCAACAUGAUUGAUGGAGUAACAUAUCGUACAAAAUGGUAUAUAAACGGAACCUUCCAUGUUGAGAUGGGACCUUCUUCAAAUCAAGACGAACUCGUUUUCAAAGAAGAUUAUUUGUCACAUCUUGGACCUGGAUAUGAGGUACAAUGUGGUGUAAUCACAGCUGAUGCAAAUGAGUCCUCUGAAGCAUUAAGUGAUGCCUUCUUUGCCGGAUUGAAAAUAAAAGACGAGUCCAUCACACUGAGCAAAAGCGGUUCUGCUACUGUUGAUAUAGAGCAGACGAUUCCUAAAGGUUGCUAUUACACUGACGACGAAGAACCAAAUUGUGAAGAGCGAAUGACGUUUGAAGACGAAUCAUCUGUAUCCGAUAUGUGUGCAGGAAAACUUCGUGUACAAAACACCGCUGAUGUCGGAAAUCCUUUUAGUUUAAAGAAAGGUGAACAAUGGACAAGUACCACACAUAGGAUUAUGUUGACAACUGCUGACAGUACAUAUGACGAUGCAACAAAGUUCGACUUACAAGUAUACGUAACAGACACCCCCGGCCAUGACAAACGAAGAUCAGUCAGAUCAGAGGUAAGAAUUACUGACAAUUACAGACAUCGGAACAAAAGAUGUUAUUCACACGUCGAUCCGCAUAUGAGAACUGUAGAUGGAUUGUAUUAUGAAGCUCAGGAGGAAGGAAAUUAUACAUUAUACAGGAAUAUAAAAUACCAAACAGAGGUUCAACAGUCAGCUCAGUAUUGUUCCCCUGGAUCAAACAGCGGACCUGUAUGUGCAUGUGGGAUAGCAGUAGCUGUGGGAGCUGACAAAUUCAUCUUUAAUAAAUGUUAUAACACUAUAUUCAAAUUCGACUUAAAGUGUAAUGAAGGUGGCCUUAUUGAUAUCGACGAAAUACAUCCCCAUCAUUACAAGGUAAGAACGCCUAUUGGUACUAUUAUCGACAUAGCACUUCAUGGGUGGAGUAACACAAUGAACAUUGAUAUAUACAUGUCUGCUAAAGAUUACGGCAAUGUUGAUGGCUUAUGCGGAACAUUUGAUGGGGACAGAAGUAAUGAUCUUCUUCACAGAGACAACAAGACAAUAUCAGAUGACGAUAAUCGGAGUUACCGCUUCGCAGAUAGUUGGAGAUUGACGGAUGAAGAAAACUUGUUUAAAAGUAAUGCACGAUUACUGACACCAUGGAACACACAAAUGAACGGGAUGGCAGAUCAGCCUUGUAGCAGACCUAAUUCUAUUACAAAAAGAAAAUGUAAGAUUAAUCGCAGAACAAGGCGAGAGACAAAUGUACUGGUACAACAUAAAGAAAUGGGCCAAACGUUUCUAUCCCGAGAAAGGAGGAGCACAGACACUUUUACAAACGCAGAAGCAUUUGCGCUGUGUAACAACUCCAUUUACAAUACUCCAGCAGUUAUGGAGUUUCCAGACUAUCUUGCAGAAGAAGAUCCCGACAUAGUUGUUGACCAAUGUGUUUAUGAUUUGACC